AUGUCUCUGAUGAUGGAUUCGAGUGAGGAUCCGAAACGUCAGGCAAAUAAAUUUCUUGUUCCAGCAAUCGCAUCUUCAUCUUCUGAACUGCUACCUGGAACUCGCCUGUUCGCUUCUAUCAGCAAAAAGUACUCUCCCUCUUCCUCCUCCUCCUCCUCCCCGCCGCCCAACCCCACAGGCAGCUUAAGCGAGUCCGCUCAGUCUGGAGGUCUGGGAUGAUCGUUUCCUUUUAGAUAAUCCCAGGAGCAACUGAGCGGAACUAAGGAGGGCCCCAGUCAUUCGGUAACUGGCGCAUUACGAUGCCGACAUCGCUCCACUCAACAAGACCCGCUCUUCCGAUUAAGGUCUGCUGGUGGAGGUGGGUGCUUGUUAACCCUCUUCUGGAUCGGCCGUCCCAGGCAGUGUGGCUGGACGUGAGCGCCGCAUUUGCCAUCGGAAACGACAUCGUAGGACGACUGCCCUGCCUGCCGCAGGGCAUUGAAGACUGACUGGUGAGCUGCGUCUGCCUCUUCAGGGACCCGACUUCGCCACCAUCCUCAACCCUGGUAAACUGGAUACUGCUUUGUUGUCUUCACCUGCUCACCGUCUGCAUUUCAACAAUCACUUGACCCAGUGACCAAAAGAACUGCCAGCAGCAGAUGAAGACUCCUCUGUGGUGACACGAUGAUGCCAAUUACGGGACACCCCGGCCGUCCUCGGCGGCGUGCGUCGUCAGCACCAGGAUAGGUUCAACGCAACGACGCAGCCAUCAGUAACCCGCUUGCCGAGAAGAACAGGCUGCACAGAGCCUAUCUCGAUCGUCCAGCCGAUUCAAACAAAGCGGUCUUUUACCGAUAUCGCCGUCUCACAUAGCAGCGGUUGCGAGAAAUACAGGACUCCUGCACGGCUCGCAAAAUCGAAGAGAUCCAGGGAUAUGCGCACCGCAACAAAUCAAAGAACUUCAUCACUGAGAUCAAGACGAUCUACGGCCUCCGACAAAAUGGACCGCGCCACUUCUCUGCUUUGACGGAUCAACGCUUUUGACGGAAAAGUCGCAGAUUCUGAAGCGUUGGACCGAGCAAUUCAGAAGUAUCCUCAACCGUCCCUCCACAAUCUCAGACGCCGCCAUCGACCGACUCCCCCAAGAAGGAACCAACACCUAUCUGGGUCGCCCACCGCCUCUUCCAGAAACCAUCCGCCCCGUGCACGAACUCUUCAGACGGAAGGCACCCGGCUCCGAUGCGAUCCCAGACGGAAUCUACAAGCACGACCGCCAUCGACUGUUGGACCAACUGCCGGUGCUAUUUCAGGAGAUUUGGGUGCCACGAUCAGGUUCCCCAAGAUAUCAAGAAUACAAACAGUCGUCCAUUCGUACAUGCGUUGAGGGAGCCGGCAACUCUUUGACAAUCACAGAGGUAUUUGACUACUCAACAACGCCUCGAAGACCUUCGCUUGCACGCCCCACAAUCGUCUCGACGGACACCUAGAACAAGGACUUUUGCCGGAAAGUCAAUGUGGAUUCCAACCUCAUGCGGUACCACCGAUAAGGUCAUUACCGCCCACCGGCUAAAGGAGAAGUGCCGGGAAAUGUGGACUCACCUCUACACCACCAUCGUUGCUGUGAUGAAUGUCUUCGACACACUGAAUUGCGAAAGACUGUGGAGAAUCCUGCAGAAGUUUGGCCGUCCCGGGCGAUUCAUGUACAUAGCACGUCAGCUCCAAGGUGCGAUGAUGGCACGCGUCUCGGGUAACGGCGUGAUCUCCGAAGCAUUUACAGUGACCAAUGGAGCGAAGGUGGAAUGUGCGAUCGCCGCACCCUAUUCAGCCAUAUGUCCUCUGUCAUGCUGAGUGAGGCCUAACAUGAUGAGCGCCCCAGUACCCGCAUCGACUACAGGACCGACGGGCACCUUCGCAACAACCGGCGAAUGCAGCCUCCAAUGCGUCUCUCUACGAAUACUAUUAACAAUCUGCACUUCGCUGGAGAUUGCGCACUUAAUACUACGACCGAGGAAGACAUUUAACGGAGCAUAGAUCUCUUUGCCUCCGGCUUAACCCAAUUCGAACUCAUUAUCAAUAGGCGCAAGGCAGUGAUCGUGAACUACCAUCAAUCGACCAGUGAAUACAGUGUUACUUGCGUCCGUGGAGUGUAGAGGUGUCAUCGGUGGGUUCACGUAAUGGUCGUGGUGGUCGCUCACUUGCUUGCAGGUGAGACUGCGCCUAGCGUCCACUUGCUGGCACUCAACUCUCACAUGUGGCUCCACGUAGCUGGACUCUUCUCGGAGGCCACACCCCGGGCAACCGUCUCGACCGGCGGGCUAAAUCAGGUGAGGGGGCCCUGUGCGCUGUGCCGUGUGCACAGGGUUUGCGGAUUCCGCUGGAUGGAAGGUCGGAUGGAACCUUGCGUCGGCACCGUCGUGACGUGGUUCGUCUCUGCACGCCGCUGGACAGCCGGUGACGGGAUGGAUCUCCACAUCGACAUCGCCUUGACGCGCCCACCUACGCCGUCGGAGACCGCGGCUUACGGAGAAUUCGAGUCGCUCUCCACUACAACCCGAAGUCGUGGUCCCAUAGUGGAGUUCGGCCGUGCCACAACGGCACAUGGCAGCCAUAUUCAUGGAUGGCACUGCCAGCCCCCACGAGGGGGAGGGCCUAGAAAAGGUGGCCUAAACAUUGCUGGGUACCACGCCGUCUCCGGGCUAGCCAGGGCCGCAGACGUCUUAUCAUGGUCGAAACAAUCAAAAUCGAAACAACAAAAAUACCAAUAACAACAUCAACCAUACUCAUUCUCCUCAUCCUACCUCUUCUUCCUCUUCAUCUGCCUAUUCUUCUGCCUAUUCUCCUCCUUCGUCAUCUUCUUCUCCACCUCCUUCCCGUCGCCCCACUCGUUGUCACCUGACUGGCAGGGUGAGUCCGCUCACUCUGGCAGCCUGGAAUGUUCGUUCCCUUUUAGACAAUCCGAGGAGCAACCGACCGGAACGGAGGACGGCGCUAGUGGCACGAGAACUGGCGCGCUACAAGGUGGACAUCGCCGCACUCAGCGAGACCCGUUUCUCCGAACAAGGCCAACUGGAGGAGGUGGGUGCCGGUUACACCUUCUUCUGGAGAGGUCGACCUAGGACAGAGCGACGGGACGCGGGUGUCGCCUUCGCCAUUCGGAACGACAUCGUGAGACGACUGCCCUGUUUGCCGCAGGGCAUCAACGAUCGCCUGAUGAGCCUCCGCCUGCCUCUCUGGGGAGGCAAAUUCGCCACCAUUAUCAGCGCCUACGCUCCGACGAUGACCAACCCCGAUGCCGUCAGAGACAAAUUCUACGAGGACCUGCACGCGCUCUUGGCGACUGUGUCGAAGGCGGACAAGUUGAUUGUCCUUGGCGACUUCAACGCCCGCGUCGGCACCGACCAUACUGCCUGGAGAGGAGUGCUGGGUCCCCACAGUCUCCGCGGCUCAAACGACAAUGGUCUGCUGCUUCUCCGCACCUGCGCAGAACACCGCCUCAUCCUGACGAACACGUUCUUCUGCCUGCCGGAGCGAGAGAAGGCCACCUGGAGGCAUCCUCGGUCACGUCAGUGGCACCUGCUGGACUGUGUCCUCGUCCGGAGUCGAGAUCAGCGGGACGUGCUGGUGACAAAGGCGAUCGCUGGCGCUGACGGGUAGACCGACCAUCGCCUCGUCAUCUCGAAGAUGCGUAUUUGCCUACAGCCUCGCAGGAGACCACAAGGUAAGCGACCCCCAGGUAAGCUGAAUGUUGCCUUGCUGUCUUUGCCCGCUCACCAUCUUCAUUUCAGCAAUGAGCUAGCUCAAAGGCUAGACAACUUUCCUAUCUCUGUCGACGCCGCCGACGCCGCCGCAACUGCCGAGAACGCCUCUGUGGAGAACCGCUGGUGUCAACUGCGAGACACGGUCAAGUCGACGGCGCUCGCCGUCCUCGGUCGCGCUCCCCGACAACACCAGGACUGGUUCGACGACAACGACGCCACCAUCAGAAAUCUGCUUGCUGAGAAGAACCGCAUACACAAAGCCUACGUAGAUCACCCCACUGAUGCCAUCAAAGCUGCCUUCUACCGCAGUCGCCGCCAGCUUCAGCAACGACUGCGCGAGAUGCAGGACGCCUGGACUGCUCGCAAAACUGAGGAGACCCAAGGGUACGCGGACCGCAACGAAUGGAAGAACUUCUUCUCUGCGAUCAAAGUUGUCUGCGGCCAGCCGACGAAGGGCACUGCUCCUCUCCUCAGCGCCGACGGCAACACUCUCCUGACUGAGAAGACGCAAAUCCUGCAGCGAUGGGCCGAGCAUUUCCGAGGCGUCUUCAACCGCCCCUCCGUCAUCUCCGACGCCGCCAUCGAGUGUUUGCCGCAAGUUGAGACCAACGUGGACCUCGACCUCCCGCCAUCUCUCCAGGAGACCAUCAGCGCCAUGCAGCAGAUCUCCAGCGGGAAAGCACCCGGAUCGGACGCCAUCCCUGCUGAGGUCUACAAGCACGGAGGUCCCCAACUGAUGGAUCACCUGACUGCGCUCUUCCAAGAGAUUUGGCGUCAAGGUGAAGUCCCGCAAGAUUUCAAAGACGCAACCAUCGUGCAUCUCUACAAGCGCAAAGGGAAUCGCCAAGUCUGCGACAAUCACCGCGGCAUCUCCCUGCAGAACAUCGCCGGGAAGAUCUUCGUACGAAUCCUUCUCAACCGCCUCAAUAACCAUCUGGAACAGGGCCUUCUGCCGGAAAGCCAAUGCGGCUUCCGUCGUCAUCGUGGGACUACGGAUAUGAUCUUGGCCGCCCGUCAACUUCAGGAGAAGUGUCAGGAGAUGCGGACCCACCUGUACUCUACCUUCGUGGACCUGACGAAAGCCUUCGACACGGUGAAUCGUGAAGGACUGUGGAAGAUCAUGCAGAAAUUCGGCUGUCCGUAG